CCUCCUUUGCUUUCUUGCACGCCGCGCGGCGGCUCCACCGUACGCAUACUCCCUCUGAUUCUACGUUCCAGACUGACCGAUAGUCUGUUUUGUAUAAUCUGCGUAGAAACAAAACCAGAUUUAUAUGCGUAGUUUCUUACAGCCCUCGUCCCUCGUACGCCGCGCUCAAAUCAUUCAUUCUUCGACAUGAGUAAGGGAAGGGUCAUUCCCCUCCUGGCUCUUGGCCUGACUGCAACCAUCGUUUUUUUCUUCUACACAAGUACGAGCAAUCUCGAAACAUGGCGGGGGAUUCCACAGCAGAUCGGACUAGGAGAACAUGUCGGAGACAUCCAAACGUCAGAGAGCCUUGACGCGAACUAUGUCAACUGGAAUCCCAAGAUUAACUUUGAACCCGGCUCAGCCAUGCCAGCAGGACACAACUGGACGUCGACACUUGUGAUUGCGAAGACGAAGGAGGAGGAUAUCAACUGGAUCAAAGAAGAGCUUCCUAACCAAGAACUGGCAGUUUACGUAGUGGAUGAUCCGUCCGCGCCAUUGCAUCCGCCGAAAAACAAAGGACAUGAGGUCAUGGUGUAUCUAUCGUACAUCAUCGACCACUACGAUAAUCUCCCUGAUGUCGCGAUCUUCAUGCACGCCCACCAGUAUUCGUGGCACAACGACGAUUUGCUCGGCAGCAAUGCGAAAAACUACGUCGAGCGCCUCAGUCGCCAGCGCGUCUGGAGAGAAGGAUACGUAAACAUGCGCUGUAAUUGGAACCCCGGGUGUCCAGACUGGCAACACCCCGGCGAAACCACCAAGGACGAUGCGAAGCAAGAGGAAGUUGUCUUGGCGAAAUCUUGGAGCGAGUUGUUUCCCCUCGACGAAGUGCCAUCCGUCCUCGCCCAGCCCUGCUGUGCACAGUUCGCCCUCUCCCGUGAGCGCAUCCAGGCAAAACCUCACGCUCAGUAUGUCUGGUAUCGCGAGUGGCUGUUCUCGACUAAACAGCCAGACGACAUCAGUGGGAGGGUUUGGGAAUAUGUAUGGCAGUUUGUUUUCACGGGGCAGAAUGUCGUCUGUCCCAAGGAGCAUCUUUGCUUCUGCGAUCAAUACGGGACUUGCUUCGGCGGCGAAGAACAGUACAACGAAUUCAAAGCUCUAAAAUCCGAGCUCGAUGACCGCCAUCGGAAUCUGGAAGAGUGGGAGACCGCGCGGACACAAGAGCGUGAGCAGGCGCAUGUCGAGAUCGACGAGGAGGGAAUGGCAAGGGAUGAGGAAAUGAGGGAGUGGUUCAGGAAGGAGAUUGAACAGGUGAGACCCAUGGUGGAGGGGUUGCUGAGAGCGGCUGAGGAGAGAGGGAGGGAUCCGAAGUUGAGAGCGGAAGAAGUAGGGAGGGAAUGGCAUGAGGGCGAUAGCUAUUAGUUCUUUUCUUUCGAUAAAGAGUGCUCGAGGGCUUUGCGGGUCAUAGAGGAAAUGGGUAUCUACAUUGGGUUGGAUGGUUCAGACUUCACGAGUCUCUUGGAGUUGGUAGUUGUGGAUGUUGUAAUCCCACUAAUCUCGUGGUUGUUUGUCACCAAUGUGUUUUGGUGAUUUGAUUAAAGUCCGGAUCGUCCAACAUCAAGGCUUAAGCGGAAGGGGCGGAACCGCUUAU